AUGCCUAGAUCAAAACGUUCCAAACUCGUCACUUUAGCUCAAACCGACAAGAAAACCAAAGAAAACAAAACUCGUAUUUUUGAUGAAGUUAGAUCCGCAUUAGAUGAAUAUCGAUAUGUUUGGAUAUUAAAAUUAGAUGAUAUUAGAACUCCAGUAUUACAAGAUAUUAGAUCAGAUUGGACAGGAUCUAAAUUAUUAUUAGGUAAAAAAAGAGUAUUACAAAAAGCUCUUGGUGAUACACCACAAGAAGAAUAUAAAGAUAAUUUACAUAAAUUAUCAAAAUUAUGUGAUUCUGCAUUACCUGGAUUAUUAUUUACUAAUGAAACUCCUGAAACGGUUCAAUCUUAUUUCACGGCAUAUACUAAACAAGAUUAUGCAAGAGCUAAAUCAAAAGCACCAAUAGAUUUUGUUAUACCUGAAGGUAUUGUAUAUUCAAGAGGUGGACAACUUCCAAUUGAAGAAGAUGUACCAAUGUCUCAUUCUUUAGAAGAAACUUUAAGAAAUAAAUUAAAAGUACCUACUAAGAUUAAAGCAGGUAAGAUUACUAUUAAUGAACCAUAUGUUGUAUGUCGUGCUGGUGAUGUUUUGGAUGUUAGACAAGCUUUAUUGUUGAAACAAUUUGGGGUUGCUGUUUCGGAAUUUAAAGUUAAUACUUUGGCAUAUUUUGAUGGUGAAUCAUCUGAAAUCAUUAAGACUGAUCAAUAG